UUUGGCGCAUUUUCACUUCUGCUAAAAAUAGUACACUAAAACGAGGUUCGCACAUUAUGGCUGCACAUUGUUAAACAAAGCACUGUUGCACAGUUCAGUACAAAGACUUUCUCUUAACUUUGAAAGCGAUUGCAAAUUUAGAUCUAUAUCAUGUAGUUAUUUUAAAAUCACCUUAAAGAAGCUACAGAUGCUUGUACGAAAGAAGAAAGAGAUACGCCCAUAAUCAUUAUGAUAUUGUCAUCAACAGAAAGUUUAGUGAAAUGAUUAAAGAAUCGAAGUUGCAAGUGAAUGAAAAGAAAUCACUAGUGAAUUUUAAAAAGUACUUUGGAAAUCCUUAUUAUCUAUCAUGUCGGCUUCAACAAGUUGUGAUAAAGAAGACAGAGAAUGGCAUACAUUUUUGGCCUCUAGUCUGGUCACUUUCGCUGGAGGAUUCGUUUUGAUUGGUGCGACUAGACUUUGUACUUUCAUUUUUUGUACCAAAAAAUUGUUUUGUUCUCGUGGGAAGACAUCUCUUAUCUCUGCUUCAGAACAAAAGUUACAUGUAAAGCAUUUACAUCCUGAAAUUGGAUGGCUGACUGAGGCGAAAGACUGGGCUGGAGGUUUAAUUUCUGGGCAGACAACUACAGGCCGUAUUUUGGUUGGACUCGUCUUUUUACUAAGCAUAGCCUCAAUGAUCAUAUAUUUAAUUGAUGCUUCUUCAAGCACAUCAGUUGAAACCUGUCUCCCCUGGUCAUCCAGUACUACACAGCAAGUAGAUUUAGCAUUCAAUGUAUUCUUUAUGAUUUAUUUUUUCAUCAGGUUUGUAGCAGCCAGUGAUAAAUUGUGGUUUUGGAUAGAACUUUUUUCCUUUGUUGAUUACUUUACAAUUCCACCUUCUUUUGUGGCCAUUUAUCUUGAUAGGAACUGGUUAGGUUUACGAUUUUUAAGAGCACUCAGGCUAAUGUCGAUCCCAGAUAUUUUGACAUAUUUAAAUAUAAUAAAGACUAGUACUUUAAUACGUUUUGUUCAACUUGUUGUUUCCUUUGUGUCUUUAUGGCUUACUGCCGCAGGCUUUUUACAUUUGCUAGAAAACUCAGGUGAUCCAUUUUUCAAGUUUAACAACCCACAUAAAUUAACAUAUUGGGAAUGCCUUUAUUUUCUUCUUGUCACAAUGUCAACUGUGGGAUUUGGAGACAUCUAUGCUGAAACUGUACUUGGAAGAACUUUUGUUGUCAUCUUUAUAAUGAUAUUUAUAGGUUUGUUUGCAAGUUUUGUUCCUGAAAUAGCUGAUAUUGUAGGAAAACGCCAAAGGUAUGGAGGAUCUUAUAAAAAAGAAAGGGGGAAAAGACAUGUAGUUGUGUGUGGUCAUAUUACCUACGAUACCGUAUCCAACUUUCUAAAAGAUUUUCUUCAUGAAGACAGAGAAGAUGUGGAUGUAGGAAUUGUUUUUCUUCACAAAGUUGAUGAUAAUCUGCAUCCUAAGCCAGAUCUCCUGCAGAAUGGCGGGGGAGGGUAUGACCCAGGGGCCAUCGAGUCAACCGAAACACCAGGCAGCUACCAUAGCCUAUUGGGUUUGCCAGGACUUGAGUUUGAAGGCUUAUUGAAGCGUCAUUUUAUCCAGGUUGAUUACUUUUGGGGCUCUGUUAUGAAUGCUAACGAUUUAGAAAGAGUAAAGGUUCAUCAAGCAGACGCUUGUUUAGUAUUGGCCAAUAAGUAUUGUUCGGAUCCUGACCAGGAAGAUGCAGCUAACAUUAUGAGAGUCAUUUCCAUUAAGAACUUCCAUGCUGAUAUCAAGGUGAUUGUACAACUUCUGCAGUAUCACAACAAGGCAUACUUGUUAAACAUUCCAAGUUGGGACUGGAAAAGAGGGGAUGAUGCUGUAUGCAUUGCUGAGUUAAAGCUUGGAUUUAUUGCUCAGAGUUGUUUGGCACCAGGGUUUUCUACACUGAUGGCAAAUCUUUUCACAAUGCGUUCUUUCAACCAGACCUCUAAAUUGACACAGUGGCAAAGUGAUUACAUGCGAGGGACUGGCAUGGAAGUCUAUACAGAGUAUUUAUCCAAUGCCUUCACUUCACUGACAUUUCCUGAGGCAGCUGAGUUGUGUUUUACCAAAUUGAAACUUUUGCUGCUAGCUAUAGAGCUUCGCCAGGAUGAUGCUAGGGAAAGUUCUCUAGCUAUCAACCCUGGUCCAAAGGUAAAAAUUGAACCUGCUACUCAAGGAUUUUUUAUGGCAGAUUCUGCCGAAGAAGUCAAAAGAGCAUUUUACUAUUGCAAAAAUUGCCAUGAGGAUAUAGAAGAUAUAAAAUUAAUUAAGAAAUGCAAGUGUAAGCCUCUUGAUCAAGUGUUAAGAAAAAUCUUCGCAGAGCUUCAAAACAAAGAGUCUAAUGCCACUUCUAAUGAAGCAGCAAAAUCCAGCAGUAUAAAGUUAAUAAAUGAUCUGCAAACUUCCAACUCAGAGAGCAUACAGGGCAAGGCAACAAAUUUGACCCACCUGAUUCCUAAAUUUAAAGUGAUAAAUGAUUUCUUAGAAAGCCCAACUUUCAGGCAGACACCAAUUCUAAAAGAAAAGGAAGAACAAGAAGAUGACAUCAAAUUUGACUCCACUGGAAUGUUUCACUGGUGUCCUGAUAGACCACUCAAUGACACUCUACUGGAUCGUAGCCAAGCUGCAUAUAGCAGACUACAUAAACAUGUUGUUGUCUGUCUGUUUGCUGAUCCCAGUUCUCCACUGAUUGGGUUAAGGAACUUAGUUAUGCCUUUGCGAGCCAGUAACUUCAGCUAUGAUGAAUUAAAACACAUUGUUAUCAUUGGCAGUUUAGAAUAUCUUCAUAGAGAAUGGAAAACUUUACAGAAUUUCCCGAAACUUUCCAUUUUACCGGGCUCUCCUCUAAAUCGUGCCAAUUUACGUGCAGUUAAUGUUAAUCUUUGUGAUAUGUGUGUAAUUGUGUCUUCAAAAGAUCGAAAUUCAGAUGAUCCAAAUUUGGUUGAUAAAGAAGCUAUUCUCUGUUCACUAAACAUAAAAGCAAUGACAUUUGAUGACGGUGAUAGAGUACGAAGUGGUGUUUCAAGAUUGCAUUCUGGUACCAGUAUUCCUAUCAUAACUGAACUUGCCAAUGAUGCUAAUGUACAGUUUCUUGAUCAAGAUGAUGAGGAUAAUCCAGAUAUAGAACUCUAUAUGACUCAGCCAUUUGCUUGUGGCACAGCAUUUGCUGCCAGUGUUCUAGAUUCUUUGAUGAGCACAAGCUACUUCAAUGACAACGCUCUAACUUUAAUUAGAAGUCUGAUCACCGGAGGAGCAACACCAGAACUUGAGCAGAUAUUGGCAGAAGGGGCAGGUAUGAGAGGAGGCUACACCAGUCAACUUGUGCAAGCUAACAGAGAAAGGUGUAGAGUCACCCAGUUAUCUUUACAAGAUGGACCUUUAUCUGCAUUUAGGGUAGGAGGACUUUAUGGUGCUUUGUUUGUGUAUGCCUUAAACAACUAUGGAAUGUUAUGUAUUGGUUUGUACAGAUUAAGGGACGUUACUGAACAUGUCCGGGUCACAUCAUCCAAAAGAUAUGUCAUCACAAAUCCCCCAGAAGACUUUACUUUAUUCUCUUCAGACUUGGUAUAUGUCCUCACAUACAAAUAAGAAUUUCUUAUAUAAUGACUGGUUGAUUUCACUGUUACCUUCUGUUUGGUAGAGUUGCCUUUGAAUGAUACAAUUGCCCCACUGAAAUAUGUCACAUUUGUUUGAUUGUCAAUAGCUUAUGUAUAUAACUUUUUAAACAUUUUAUCUCUAGCUUGUCCAAAUCUGCAUAUUUUUUUGUCCUGGUUUAUUGUUCUUACAAUAUCUAGAAUUUUGAAUCUUAAAAAUAGAAAUAAUGAGGAAAUAAAAUAUAUUAGGUUCUUUUCUUUUUUCUAUAUGAAUAUGUCCUGGUGCCUAGAUUUGGUUGAAAAUGUUUGUUUCAACCUUUAAAAAAACACCACUUUAGUUUUUAUUUAAGCAAAAUGUUUUUAAUUAAAGAAACAGUUAUAGAUAUUGUGUUACACUAACUCAGGAACUGCUUAAUUACCAUUACACAUGCUGUUCAAAUUUUAAUUCUCUUAAGUUUCCAUUUUUUGUUAAGUUUUUUCAUGUACAUUUCUUUUAACUUUUAUUUUGUCAUUUUUAAAACAUAACAUUACAAAGUUAGGUCACAAUGUUAUUUUGUGAAUUUUUAAAGUAUUUAAUUGGUAAAUGGACAUAUUUUUCUAGCACUGGCUAUUUCUUACCAAAACAUUAUAUCAAUGAAAACUUCCUCCUUAGUACAGUAGUUACUUUAGAAUGUUUAAUGGGAAUCUUGUCUAUUUGAUUUUAGCCUAUGUAUAAAAUGUGUAACCCUCUUUAACUAUAUUAUUUAUAAAGCUACUUAUUUCUUUUAAUAUAAGGUUUUUUAAGAACUCAACUCAAUUAAAGUACUAAACAAAUUCCAUCUGUUAAUUUCCAUCAGUUUGAGUAAGUAUGUAUAUCUGUGUGUCUCAUCUAUUUGGAGUGUUUCACUGUCUGUCAUCUCUAUUAGGCACAGUUAGACAACAAAAUUUUUAUGACUCUAUAGAUUUCUAUAAUGUAUAUAUAUUAGAUUUUUGAAACUUUUGACAAUCAAUGUCAUUUUAAGUAAUAAAUUUUGAAAUACUCAA